GAAGCAUCGCGAGGAAGAUGGAACUCUAUUUUUGUGAGAGAGGGCUUCUGAGAGAUUCGGGCUGACCUGCGCAGUGAGCAUGCUCCAGCCAGUGCAACACUCCCUCGCCUCACCAGUCACCAGUCACCAACUCUCAUCAGUUCGCAUCACACUUGUGCUAAACUGUUUGUGACCUCUUCAAAUAACUGCCAUCGAAAUCACGGAAUAAAUAGUUCAACAAAGCUGAGUUUCACUUGUGCACACACAUACACUUCCACAUCCUAGAUGUCCGUGAGCACAGAAGAUGACAGCAAUUCAGUUAAAACAGGGAGUGAAACACAAGAAAGUGAGAAUAAGCACCAGCCGGACGACGGGCCUCCCCCGGCACCCAUCCCUCGGUCCGAGACACCGCAAUUCAAGAAUCCGGUCACCUUCAGAGAGUGCUUUCGCUCAUUUUCCAAGUUUGGUGACACCAAGUCCGAUGGAAAACUGAUAACGCUCUCGCAAAGUGAUAAGUGGAUGAAGCAGGCGAAAAUUAUUGAUGGCAAGAAAAUAACCACCACUGACACAGGAAUAUUUUUUAAAAAGUUCAAGCAGCAAAAGCUGAAUGUCACUGAGUAUGAAAAAUUCCUGGCUGACUUGUGUAAAACAAAAAAUCUCAAUCUUGAAGAGACAAAGCGGUCUAUGGGGGCAUGUGGGACUCCCGGCCUCUCAAACCCCACCACCCCUGCUGUCCCGGCACAAGCCAAAGAGAGCAAAGCGAGAGUGUCGAGUGCUGUGGAGCGGUUGACAGACCCCACCAAAUACACGGGCUCUCAUAAGCAGCGAUUCGACGAAGCAGGCAAAGGCAAGGGCAUUGAAGGUAGAAAAGACGUUGCCGAUAAAUCUGGGUAUGUACAAGGAUACAAGAACAGAGACUCUUACAACAAAACACAUUAGCUGGCACCUGGACACCUCCACCUGGUCCAGUCAAAUUAUGAAUGUAGCACCAGAAUGACAACAGCAGCAAUUUUAGCAGGAUGAAUCUACUGCCAACUAUUUUGUUAAGUUUCGACAGCUUUUGUACCUUCAUAUUGUAACAAACCUAAUGCGCAAAUUGUGAUAACCUCUCCCAAUUCCUAAUAUUCCUAAUAUUCAAGAAGUCAUCUACAUUUUUCAUUGGUUUAGAUAUAUUAGAAGAUAUUACACUCACAAUUCAACUUAUAGCAAGUUCCAAAAUUGGACGAGUAAUCAACUAAUGAUGAAACUAUUGAUAAAUCAACUACCAGCAGCUUUGCGAAGCUCUGACAGCUUUUGUACGUAUAAAUCCCAGUUUACUGUCUAAUUGUGAUAAACUUUUUCAUAUCAGUGAAUUUCUAAUGAUUUGAUUAGUAGCCUAUUAAAGAGUGAUGAUUAAUCUUCAAAUAAUUAGAGAAUUGUAUUCAGCUGACUAUAUUUGCUACUAUAAGGUUGGAUUGUUAUCUUAUGAACAAUAUACAUUUAAUUUAGUAUUUUAUUGGAAUUGAAAAUUAUUAAAAUAUUAAUCCUAGGCACAAAUUGAUGUUUACGAGACAUUACCAUACUAUUUAUAACAUUAAGCAAGUAUGCAUCUAUUUUUUAAUCAUUGAACAAUAGUAUCAACUCGAAUUAAUAUUGGAAUUGAUAACUUCAAUAAAUAUAGAUCAUUAUGCUAAUUAUAUGAUAGCUUUUCUACCAUUUUUAGAAAUUUUGAGUAUUUUUUCCGAUGAACAAUAAAAUGAAAUGUUUUGAAAAUUGGGGCUGAGAUAAAGUGCUGGACUUGUCCCUUAUAAAAUAAGGCAGGUGUUGAUUCAUUAUUGUAUCCUUAAUAAAACGAGAAUCUAGAUGAAUAAUAAAAAUAAUUCCAAAAAGUGUAUUAUAAGAACUAUAAAGAUUUGAUUUUCAAUAAUCUUUUCACGAUAAAUGUUGAUUCACGUUUUUCUCUAUUUCUUUCCCCAUAGUAAUUUGAGUAGGCCUAUCUAUUUCUUCAAUGAACUAUAUGAAAAGACGAAUUAUGUAGGCCUAUCAAUCAAGAUACUGUGAUUAAUGGAAAUUAUAUUUUAUUAAAUUGAUUAUUGCAUUGCGUUUUCUAAUGAAAAUGAUAUUCUAGAAGGAUUUGAGAAUUCCAUCACUGGUAACUCACAAUAAUUAAAUAAUGUCUGAUAGUAUUGACACAUGAUAAUUCUCAAUAUAUAUUGUAAAAGCUCAAGUCUAAGCACCAACUAUAAUAAUUUACUGCCUCUAUGGAUGCAAUUUAUAAAAUGAUUUGCCGUUUUUGUGGAUUGAUUUUUAUUAACUACCUAGAAAUGAAAACAGUGGGGUUUAUGAAUUCAAAAAUAGAGAGAGUAAUUAUGAGCCAAAAAUAUGCAGCCUAUAUAGAGAUUAUUGUUUUACAAUUCAUAGUUUCAAACUCUUUCUUUCAUACACAGACUUGAAGACUUAGUGAAUUUUUUGUUGAACUGUAUUUUUUCUUAUUAUCUUUCUGUGACGUUUCUGUGUGAAAAAAUAAUAUUAAUUGUAAAAAUAUUCUGCCCAAUAAUAUAGACCUACAAUCACUGGAUACUAUAAUAUAAUAUUAUUCUUCCAAUAAUCAAUAUUUUUUAAGAAUAUUUUGCAGGAUAUGUUCACUAUGCAUGAUUUAUAUUGUUUAUUUUUUUUUUACUUCGAGCUAUCAUUGUCAAAAAUAUUAUUGAUUGAUUCUUAUAUUUACACAAUCCACAAAAUGUGUAAAUCACUACAGUAUGUCUUAUGUAUAAAAAAUAGUGCAGCACUUGUUGAAUAGGUUAUUGCACGUGAAUGAUACACUGAUAAAAAGCAUUUUAAUUUCAUAGAACAUGUAGGCCUACUAUCGAAGGCACAUUCAUAAAUAUAGAUCCAAUUAUUUAAUAAAUUUACAGCAAUACAUUCUCCUUUACUCAGUGGACAUAAUUUGAAUUUCAUCUGAUAUGGUGAAUUGCCUGUAUUUAUGUUCUCAAGAUUUGAGAUUUCAAAACGUUCUUGUUCCAGUAUUCAAUUAUAGUUUAUUUUCAAACACUGAUACCGGUAAGUAUAAAUACCGCAGCCAGUUUGUCCCAUAUUAUGGAUUCUCUUCCCAAAAUAAAAACAAUCUCGUUAUAGGGAAUAGCACUUGUGUCAAAAUUAACAUGCGAUCAACAUAUAUUGCAGUAAUGGUUUAAUAUUCAAAACAUGAUUAUAAUUUAUUAUUACCCUAUUUUACUUGUGAAGCAAAAGCUUGAAGGAAUACUCAUAGCAUUUGAAAUUCUGUAGUGGGAAAGAUUGUUGUUGGCAACAUGUUGAAAUAUAAUCAAUUCAGCGGUCAAAUAUGGUGAUACAUAUUGCUCAUAUUUUGUAAAAUCAUAUUAUUGGAACAGUAUUACAAUAAAUCCUAUUGUUUCAUUCCAUUGUCUAUAAAGUGAUAUCUGCUGUAAUAUGAUUAAUAUUUUUUUUGUACCUUUUUGGUACGGUAUGACACAAAUUAUAAUCUAUAGAAAACACACUAUUCAGCUCUUAAAAAAUUGUAGAUCUUCCUCUCAACUAUUCUCCUAUUGAUUAAUUGACUUAUUGACUAUUCUCCUAUUGAUUUAUAAGUUAAUUUUCACUUCAAGCAGUUUCCAACUUUCCAUCUGUGUAUUUCUUUACUGUAUACUGUAGAGUGAUACUCCACAAGUUCAUACGGUAAAUUUUUAUGACGGUAUCCGAUUCUUCCUCUCAAAAAUAAUUAUUUUGAAUUAUAUUUUUUCGCAUACUCAAGCUACAGUAAUGUGACUAAUAUCAAUUCAAAAAAUCUAUAAAUUCAUAAUAAUAUGUAUUUAUUCUAUUGAUGUCUCCCUGAAAUUUCCAUGUACUUCCAUUUUAGGAAUAAUAUAUCAUAGAUGUGUAAUUGUUAGGUACCAAACCGUACCCUAGUAACCCAUUCAUGAUAAUGUGAGAUUGUGCUGACUUCCAUUGAAUAAUAUUGACUGUUAUUUUGAUGAUUUGAUAAGCUCUAUUCCUAUUGAAGUACCACUGAAUCAGUAUUAUCGCUAAGUUUCUAAGCAUAAUUCUAGAAUAAGUUGCCUCAUCUGCUUAAGAAUUGUUCAUAGUGUCUAUUGUAAAUAAAAUUAUUUGAAUUAAGUGAA